CUGAUUUGUUUAGACGAUCUUCUCGCAUGGCAACCGACCGAUAACUGGUCAACGGAUGUCGACAAGAUCAUUGACGAUAAGUCGGAUGUUACUGUCGAGCGAGUAUCGCCAAGCAAAAAAUCGCGAUGCUCUCGAGGAGAACGCAAAGAAAACUUGUUGCAUGUGCCGAAGCCGAGCCCUGCCCCUGCGACAAUAUCCAAUUCUUUUAAGAAGGAGUUAUGUGAUGCAUACGAAAUGUGUGCAGCAGCAAUUUGUUCUUUUGCGGAGUGUCGUAAUGGGUUGGAAUGUGAGCAAAUUCUGCAAUUUGUGGAGGAAUUCGGUGAUGUACAGCAGUUCGUAAGUGAAUCGCUAUUGUUCAAAUGUAAAUUUGACGAGGCGAUUGGUCAGUUGAAUGAGCGAUUGGAACGACUCAACGAUAAUGGAGCAAAUAGCUCUACUAAUGCUAGUGAAGGUAAUGCCCAUGAAAGUAGUGCUAGCAACGAUGGAGUUCAGAACUUGAAAGAUGUCAAAACUCGGAGCAAGGAAAAACGAAAAGAGCGAGAGAUCAAGAAGGAAAUAGAGGAGCCGCCCUCAGAGACCUCCGUAGUGACCUCAAAAAGUCCGUCAGAAACCGAAGCAAUCAAGAAAGAAUCAGAGAUUGUAUAUUUACAAUUGGCAUGCGCAAAUGCGAUAGCGAGGAAUUGAAGGAUUGGCCAAUCAACUCGACACAGUGUUCGAGGAACCAAAGAUGGUCAACGACAGUCAUUGGAAGAGCAGAUGAAGAAGUGGCAAAAUGAUCCACUGGAAACGGUUUCAGCGUUUUUCAUUGAUGAACGAGAGAGUAUUCUGAAGAUAUUGAAGUAG